AACACCAAUUCCAACAUCCACAACAUCAUCAUCGUCGUCAUCAUUCUCACGAACACCUAUAACAACAACAACUACUACUACUACUACUUCUACUACAGACACGAUUGUUGUGGGUAACGAUGUUGCCAGUGAUGAAGAAUGCGGAAGUACGAAAGGUUGCUAUGGUAACUGCGACACGAGCGGCUGCACGUUCGAGAUCACGUGGCAGUUACGGGGAGACAACGUUUACCUGACUCUGAAAAGCGUUUUGAAAUACGGUGACGCAUACUGGAUGGCCAUAGGAUUCUCAGCGGAUGAACACAUGGGUGACGACAGCGUCAGUGAAUGUGUUGUAGUUGACGGGACUGUGAAAGUUUUUCAGUCGUACAACGAUGGUUUCAUUAACAGGCGACUACAGAACGCAACAUUUGGAAUUGACCUGGUCUCCGGGUCAGUGAAAAAUAAUGUAUUUGAAUGCAGUUUUCUAAGAAAGAGGUCGGUGAUCGGAAAUGACAAAGUGUUUGAUAUUGACAGACCUUGGCAUGUUCUAUUUGCCCGCGGCAUCGCCAAUCCAGAUUUCAGUAAACAAUACCACGAAUUCACCUCCGUGUCUCCGUUAGCGUGGACGAUGAUCGACUACAGCGGUUCUCAUGCCACACCCACACUGUCGGACCGCAGCACACCAGCCACGGUUCUAGGUGAUAAAUUUGCCAAAGACAGCGAAUGUGGAGUGACGAAGGGCUGCUACCACAACUGUGACAGUGUCGGCUGCACCUUCCAAGUCACGUGGCAGCCAGACGGCGUUGACAUGCGCUUCGGGUUGAAAACUAUAGUUACUAGCAGAACAAAUAUUUGGAUGGCGGUGGGAUUUUCAGCAGACGAUAAAAUGGGCGACGACAGUGUCAACGAAUGUGUUGUAGUGGGUGGAACAGUGAAAGUGUUUCAGUCAUUUAACAAUGGACGACAAAACAGUCGAGUUUUAGAUCCAGCUCUUGGACUGCGCAUUGAUUCAGGUUCUCUGAAAGAUUCCGUGUUCGAGUGCUCGUUCCGGAGAGCGAAGGCUGUGGAAGGAAAUUCUAGAAUCUUCAACAUCAGUGAAACAUGGAAUUUGAUGUUUGCACAAGGAACAGCCAACACAGAUUUCAGUAUACGGGAACAUUCUUCAAUACCCAGCGUGAGCACUGGUCCCGUGAACCUGAAGCAGACGUCAGAAGCCCUGUCACACACACCGACGCAUUUCCUAGUUAAAGUACAUGGGUGCCUGAUGGUAAUUGCGUGGAUAUUUGCGGUCAGUAUCGGUAUGGUGGCUGCAAGGUACUUCAAGUCAAUGUGGUCGGAGGUUACCAUUCUUGGCCUCAAAGUUUGGUUUCAGAUACACCGGACAUGCAUGGUUCUAGCCUUUGUAGCUACGUGCAGCGGCUUCAUAAUAAUAUUCAUAGACGUCCAAGGAUAUAGUCAGAUCGAAGGUGAAGACUACAAGAAAGCGCACCCAAUCUUAGGCAUUAUCGUCACAGCACUCGUCAUUAUUAACCCUAUUAUGUCCAUUUUCCGACCAGGACCCCUUGAUAAUAAACGACCCAUCUUUAACUGGGCGCACUGGGGAGUGGGCACCAGUGCAUAUAUUCUAGGAGUUAUAUGCAUAUUCUUCGGAACGCAGCUGAACCGAGUGAGAGCGCCGUUCUACCUGACGUACAUCCUGGCGGGUUACGUGGCCUGGCAGGUGUUCACCACGCUCGUUCUAGAAGGUGUGCUCUGCUUUGCUGCAAGACAGUAUUCUGAUAACAAAACGAAUCACAUACAAAUGGAUUCUAUUGGAUACGUAGAAGAACACAAAUCGAAAAGUAGUCCUCCGGGCUCCUUAGUAAAGAAAAUAAUCUUAGGACUACACGUGGUAAUAGUUUCUGGGAUCACCGUGGCUAGCAUUGUUGUGUUGGUUAUAAACUAGACACCUACAGCAGCAGACACAGCGUCAACACUGAUCACGACGUGAACGAUGGCGGCAAUGUGAAUCUGAGGAGAAUCAAUAACUAUAACACUGAAACAAAGUAUAUGAAAAAAAUAAAAUAAAACAUCAUCAUCAUCAUCAUCAGCAGCAGCAGCAGCAGCAGCAACAGCACAACAACAACAACAUCAUCAUCAUCAUAAUCAACAACAACAACAACAAAAGCAAAGGCAGAGUAAAUCACCACAAAGUGAACUACAACGUUAUUGCCACAACAUCCACAACGUCGAAGGUCCAUGCAAACUGUUACAGCAGCUGACGUUUAAUAAUAUGUGACAUAAAUUUUUGUACAAAUAUUAUUAUUCAUUGUCAGUAAAUAAAUACACUUUUAUAUAAUGUCCAUAAGCUUAGACCUUAUCAUUAUGUGAAUUCGGAAUGUAACUAUUUCUCGUUCCAGCCAGUGCUCUACAACUGGUGUAACAAAGGUCGUGGUAUGCAUAAUGUACUAUCCUGUCUGUGGGAUGGUGCAUAUGAAAGUUCCCUUGG